AUGGAUAUACCCGAAGGGCAGAAGCCAAGAGAGCGGAAUGGAAAAAGUGAAAGGAGCAAUUUGAGAGACAUAGAAGAAGCGAAGAAAAUACGGAACCAACAAAAUGAAGCAAAAUUGAAAAAGUUUUGCGGAAGCACUGAUUUUGUGUUAGACGUACCGAACAUUGACGAAGGGGUGAAAUUUCUAAAAUAUGAUGUAGACAAUGACAUUCUAAACUUCAACUAUACAACGAUGAUGUUAAAUGAAAAGGUGGAGAGGUUAAAUGAUGUAGAGAGGAACAUACACAUUCCUAUGGAUUUGCCUUUUUUGUUUUCCUUUAACAUGCAAAAUAAUGAUGAUAUAAGUAAUUGGAUAAAGGAGCAAAAUGAGACUGAACACGGGAAGAUUGCUAACGUUGAAGGGGCGGAAAGCUACAUCAACCUAAAUGAUGAGGUGAAGCAGUUUUCUUCUUCUGCUCCGAUUGUCCAUACGUUUGAAAAAGACGAUUUAGAGCUCUUGAAUAGAGUUGCUCCGCAUUACAUUAGAAGGGUUAGAAAUAGCCUACUGCAGUGUGAAGAAAGGAAAAGCAGGGAUAUAGAUCCGCGCGAAAAGAAUUCCUCCAUGGGAAUGAACACACAUGAGGAAAGUGGAAAGAUAUUUGAGAAUGUUAACAUUGGAAUCAAUGAUGGCUCCUCUGAAUUAAUGUUGAAAUGUGGUAAAAGGAAAGUACCAUACGAAUUAUAUUUUCCUCAUCCGCUAAAGAAAGGCGCGAAGGUGAAAAAAAUUUACCCCCUUCUGCCACACGUUGCUGUGUGGAACAAUAAAUAUAUACAAGGAAUUAUGGAGAUUGGAAAUUCUAGUGACUACAUCAGAAGGAGUGUUGGGGAGGAUGGUAAUAAAUUUCUGAGGAAGGGGGAGAGUGACAAAUCGAGUAGUGAGCCGAAAAAGCAAAGUAGCGGCAUGCUCGGGUUACUGCAUUUGGUAGAGAAGACCCGCGAUAAGCAUUUGUACGGGUUGUACAAAGCCCAGGACAUGAAUUGCGACGAGUAUAUUCUAAAUAGGUUUCUGCGCAAGUACAAUACGGUAGGUACGCUGAACAAUGGUAAGGUUAGCGGUGGUACGGAUGACGAUAGUGCUGCUGUCAGUACACUGCCCGGUGGCAACAUGUCCAACCAAUCGAGCGAUACCGGGAGAGUGAAAAAAAAAAUCAGCCUAAGCAAAUUUCUCAUAAAAAAAUACCUUCUUAAGUUAAAAAUGAAAGAGAAGUUAAAAGGUAAACUGACCAAGGGUGAAAAGGUAGCCCCCCCUGAAAAGAACCACGAGGAGGAGGAAGAAGAAGACAAGUUUCCAAAGUUAAAAAAUGAAAGAAAUGCUUCUGUUGAAUUGACACAUCACAGUAAGCGUAUCACCUUUAACGAAACAAAUAAGUACGAAUAUGUGGAAAAAGAAAAAGAGCUGGGGGAACAUAGAAAGGAAGAUGAUACGGUCAUAGAACAUGUGAGCUAUUCGCAAAGUACCCCUCCUGUUGAUAAUGUAGAGUGCUUCAAAUAUGUGAGAGAUUAUAAGUCGCCAUCAUUUGGGAUGAAUCAAAAUGACCCUCUGUCGUACGUGAUAGGGUUUAACGAGAACAACUUGGCUUUCAUGUUCCCGACCGUAUCUCGGAAAAUUAUUUUUUCCAAAACGGGGCAGCAAAAGAGGAAAAAUUACAUAUUGGUGCGGGAGAAGUAG